GCUAUCGUAAAAAUAGCCUUGAAGGAUGGGCUGUGUAGAACGGGGUUGGUUUGCUGCACUCGGUCAAAACGUUAACUCGUUGGGACUGCUGCGAUGGGUUCAUUUGGUGAAACAAUAGUUGUGACAGGGUUUGGCCCUUUUGGUCAGCACUUGGUAAACCACAGUUGGACUGCGGCACAGGGUUUAAAAGCUGAGGGCCUAGAGGAGGUUAUUGAGAUUUAUAUAAAAGAGAUUCCAGUGAGCUAUUCCAGCGCAAAGCAGAUCUUGUCGGGAAUCUGGGAGAAAGUUCAACCAGAGUUCGCUGUUCAUUUAGGAAUAGCCCCUGGGUCUAAAGCCAUCACUCUGGAGCAGACGGGGAAGAAUUAUGGUUAUGUAAACAGAGAUGUGUGUGGCCAGUGUCCCCUCGAUCACUGCUGUGUUGAGGGAGGUGUAGACAAACUCGACUCCAUCAUAAAUAUGAGAUCCCUUACAAAGAAGCUAAGAGCAAAGGGACUGGAUGUAAUCUACUCAAAGGAUGCUGGGAGGUACCUGUGUGAUUUCACCUACUACUGGUCUCUUCACUGUGGGAGAGGCAGGGCUGCAUUCAUCCAUGUUCCGGCCUCGGGCAGUCUGGCCACCCCGGACAAUCUGGUGCCCCAGCUGUGCGCCAUCAUCCAGGCCAUGCUGAGGGAGCUAAGGGCCCUGUCCGAUAACACAGUGGAAAGCACUACCGAUCAGUCAGCACCCGAGGAAGGUUCUCAGCACCUAAUAUAGCAUUUUCAAACCUCACUGCUGUAACUGUUUUGUGUUAAAGCAUACCAUCUGAACUAUAGGACGGGAGGAAGGCAGAAAUUACAAGAGAAAAUGUCUACCAGACAAGGCUUUUUUUUUUUUUUAUCAAAUUGUUAAAAGUUACUGUGACAGAUACACAGCUGGAAUCAGUUUCUGCAUUCUUAGUCUCUUCCUGUUCACUUAAUAGCCAGACUACUGGAUAUAAUUCACAUUGGAAUGGUCAAAUGCAUCAAUACUUUUUCAGAAUAAAAAUCUUUACUUUAAGUUCAUCUAGGCGCUUGAAUCUUAUCAUCAUAUUGAUAACAAAUUGACAGUUGAGGCCUUGUUAACUUGUCUGAUAAGUAAAGAGGAGGCAGCACUGUCAGGUAGAGUCAUAGUGGUGUCCUACAGAAGCGUUUGAACUCACUCAUGAUGGUAACCGUGCAAUUCAAAGGUUCAAAUGUGAUCAACAGUGUGGCAUUGAAUGCAUGUGCCGGUUAUAUCUGACGACAAAGCAAACUGGCUGUAAUGUUUUUCUAUCAGUAAUUAUAAUCAAUAGUUGUAGUUUUAUUCAUGAAUUGGUUUCGUGUUGUAUUCUUUUUAAGUUAUCUUUACAGUAUGUGUGUCUUGUAAUUGUGAGAAAGUGUAGAUGUACUGUAUGUAGAAAGUGUAAAUGAAUGUUUCAAUAGUCUUGGU